AUGAAGUUCAUCGCUUUCAAUUUGUUCGUUCUGGGAAUCGUGCAGUUCAGUAACGGUCUUAAUUGCUACGAUUGCGAAACGUAUGAUUUUGAAGGGGAAUCUUCUAGAACAGAUUACUGUUACGCCCCAAAUGCCACACACCUUCCCAAACCAUGUACUGCAGAUACUGGAACAAUAAAAUCAUACUGCAGAACACAGUUUAACAUUAACGAUGGUGUGGUUACUUAUGUUAAGCGAGAUUGUGCAUACAGUACCUCAGAUGAAGAUACCAAUUCAAAUGCUAUUCCGACAAAUGAUAAAUGUCGAACGAAUUAUUAUUACUCAGACAAUACUGCAACCACAACUUGCUACAUUCACUGCAGCGGUGAAAAAUGCAACAGCAUAACUACAUCUACUACAGUUUACGUUCCAAGAAAAUGUGUUCAAUGCAACAAUGAAACAAGCCCUGGAUGCGCAGUAUUAACUAGCGCUGUUAAUUGUCCGUCUACUGAAAGAUACUGCUCAACAACACAAAGUGUAGUCUAUGAUAAAGCUGGAAAUAUUCUUCACACAAUUGUAACAAAGGGGUGUACAAAUAAUUUCGAAGCUGUUGACCAAUGCAGGUUCACCAGAAUCUUUCGUGACAACGACGAUACAUUACGGAAUGCUGGAUACAAGGAAUUUACAUGCUUGUCAACUUGUGACACAGACGGAUGCAACACUAAAUUGCCUGAUGGUAUCAGAGAUAACGAGGAGAAACCAAUGCUGCGUUGCCAUCAAUGUUCAAGUGAUAGCUCCGACUGUUCCGGAAUUUCUCGAUGCCCCAGUGGUUCCACUCACUGUAAAUCCACUGUUAUAUAUAUGAUAUCGGAAAGAACAGAUUUGUCUUACACAGAUGAUCCUGAUUACGCCCUCGUCAGUGUCGUUCGAGAAUGUGCAAACGAAGCUGUGGGAGCAUCUUGCACAGAAACACAGAUGUCGGGUUUGGGGGUUAGAAGGGUCGUUUGUCAAGAAACUUGCACAGAAGAUAGAUGUAAUAGCGGAUGGCCUGCCAGACCGAAAUGUUUACAAUGUGACUCGCAAAACAGCGAUUCGUACGAUGCUUGCAUACAAAAUCCAGACCCAGCUGAAGAUUGUGAUUAUCCAUAUCAAAAAUUUUGUGGCAUAUCUGAUUAUGGGAUUGAAAAAGAUCUGAGAGUUUCUGUCAAGGGAUAUCCAAGAGAAUUUCAUCGAUAUUGUAGUCAUUAUGAUGUUGGCACAGGAUGUGUUUCUGAAACUCUCAGAGGAACAUCUGUACAAAGGUGCAAUCGAACCUGUUCAACUGAUGGUUGUAAUGUUGGAGGUGGAGGCUCUAUGCCGUUGCAGACCUUCAUUGCUCUAACAUUACCGAUGUUGUUCGGAUGGCUGACACAACUUUAUUUCUAAGCAUAACAACUGCAUCAGAUAAAAAUAUUCUUAAAAUUUAAUACAACUGAUAAAAAAUGAUGCAUAUGAGUUAUCUUAUAGACAACGAUGCUUCAUGAUAAAUCUCUGAUAUUUAGGAUUUGUGUCUUCAAAAUUUUCUAUUUCAAUAGCAUGAGAUUACCAUGAGAUAUUUUUGUAAUUUUGACUAGCUUCGUAUAAUAUGCUUUUAUUAGAA